GAGGUGUUUGGCCAAGCCACACGUAGUUAUCAAAGUCGGUUCGUUUUGAACCGCCACGACGCGAGAACGUCGGGUAACUCCGAUAUCCAAUUUCUUAACCCGACAACUAGCCGAUAGAGUGAGAUGUUGGGGGUUUGUUUGGGUUUCUCAGGCCAGAGCGUCAGUAAUGGAGGAAAGAGGGAAGCAUUGAGCAUUGAGCAUCGGAGAGGAGAGGUAGAGGAAGUGAUUUGUGAGUCAAAUUAAUGGCUGGCAUUUCGUGGUGGUCGGCGAAGGCUAUGUCGUUCAAGUUAAGCCGGAAAUCGGAAGCCGCUUCCGUUCUCAGAACUUCGAUUUCCUCCAAGCUCCCCGAAUUCCUCUCUGACUACGCCGACGACGUUCUCGCCGAAUACAUAACGGUGCUUGUUUGCAAUGCGAAGAGUCAAUAUCAGGCAAGGGACGAUUUGGACGCAUUUCUUGGCAAGAGGGCUGCAGAUUUCGUUUCCUGGUUAUGGGAUUUUCUCUUGAAUCAUGCUCCUCAAUCCAAUGCAGGCUCUGUUGCUUUAUCAGAUCCACUUGAUGUCGCUGCUCAUCCGUCCAUGACUAAAAUCGAAGGGGGCUCCAAAGCUGGACAUGAAAGCGUUCAGUGUAGCUAUGAUUCUAAUAAGAAGGUUGUCAAUCACGGUUCCAGUUGGUUACCUAACGAACGAGAAAAAACACCCUCUAGCCAUUUAAAAUCCUCCCCAUCGGAAAAUGCUCAUCCCACCGAUCCCAGACAUGUUUCUGCCGCUAAUGUAACUGGAACCAGCCUUUGGGCACGACCUACAGGUGAGGUAUCCCACUCCCAACACAGUGGAAGGCCACGGGGUAGUGUUUGGGAUAGACUGGGCAAACCAUGUGAUGACACACCUGAAGGGAGCAAGACUGUUGAUAUGAGUGGUGCUGGUCUUAUGAAGCAAGAUGAGCAAGUAAUUAACCAGCGACCAUCAGUGCUUCCUGUGCCAAAUGGUGAACAUAGUAGGACUGUGACAGGGGAAGUUCCUGGGCUUGGUAACAACAACCUUGCUGAGAGUAGAAAGUUGGAUCAUGUUGUUGUGGGUACAAUUUGCGAACCUCCUGCCGUGAGUAACAUUAGACGAAAGAGACACUUUGGUGAAAUUAGUUCUGGCCUUGGUGCUGGUCCAGUUCCUUUGGUGGGUGAGAGAAAUGUGGGUCUUCCAUGCAAAGAAAAUUCUCAGGAGAAAUCAAACUUCACCAAGGAUUCCAAAACUACUACUCCAAAUCUGGCUUCAGAAGUUUUAGAUGUGAAACAAAGAUUGCAUCAAAUUGAGAUGGAAAUGUCUAAGCUGCGAUCAAGACAGGUGAAGAUGGAAAAAGAUGGAAAGCCCAACUUAUUGUUGAAUUCUCGUACGUCGAAGCUUCCGGAAGAAGAUAGUGAACCAAGAACUGUACUUGUGACAAAUGUAUAUUUUGCAGCAGCCAAAACAAAAGCGUUAUCAUUGUUCUUUGCCAAAUGUGGGGCAGUUGUCAAUGUGGUGGCUUUGACUGACAAAUCAACUGCACAACAAAGAGGGUCUGCUUAUGUUACUUUUGCUAGUAAGGAGUCUGUUGACAAAGCAUUGGAAUUGAGUGGAACUCAAUUUUUUUCAAGGUCCAUAAAGGUGCUAAGGAAGGCAGAAGUAGCUGGUGCAACAUUAGGACCAGGCCGGCUUGCUGGGAGUCCAUGCCAAGCACCUUUAACUCGCACCAAUACAACCUACAAACUAAAUUGCCCAAGCUCUCAUCUACAAUGGCGAAGGGCGGCCACCUCUGAUCCAUCAGAACCAUCAGUUCCAUCAACUGUUAAAGUGAAUGCAGCUCCAUCUUCUGCCACCCAACAACAGCUUCCUAGUUCACCUGCGUCACUUGGAACCAGGGAAGUGAAUUCUUUGUCUGGAGAGCACCCUGCAGCUUCCUAAUUUUUCUGAUAAUCACAUUUACUGACUGGUUGCAAAGCCUUGAAUCUUUUUUUAUGGGGGGAGUGGGGAACAAAUCUCGUCAAUUGGAUACUAUUGAUCUUUUAGUAAAUGUUGCCCCAUAAUAUGGUGGUAGUUGGAUGUAUCGAGUUUGAUCAGCAGUAGCUAUAUUUGGAAAAUCCAGUUAACUUUUGAAAUGCUUAGAUUAAUGAAUAGGAUGCAAAAUUCUUCUCAUGCUUUUCUUUCAACUGCGAAUUGUUGAUUUUGUUUGUAGUUGGGUAGGUUUCCGCUGGAUGAAAUAUGCUCACAUUUAUAAGAGCAGUGUUGUUCUAGGCUAAAAUGGCCCCCGUGUGCUUUAUUUGAAGGCAAUAUUGAUAACUAGUUGAUUUCUCUCUA